GUUGGUACCAAUACUUCCGGGUUGGCGUUGCAGGGGCGCUUCCGACUGUGGGAGCCUCGUCUUCCCAGUCGUCCGAUGAGCCCGAGCAGCUGUGUCCCUUCCCUGUCUUUCACUCUUCUGGCAUCGGUGGUUUUACUUCUUCGAUUGAACCCUGCUUCCUCGACCCCCCAGGGAGGCCGCCUCCUUCAGGCGCCUCCCUUCUCUCCACGAACUCGCUCUGACAGCUGAGGAACUGGCAAGAUCCUGCUACCCAGAGGGUGAAUGGGUAUCUUUCCCGGAAUAGUCCUAAUUUUUCUAAGGGUGAAGUUUGCAACGGCGGCCGUGAUUGUAAGCGGACACCAGAAAAGUGCCACUGUAAGCCAUGAGAUGUCUGGUCUGAAUUGGAAACCCUUCGUAUAUGGCGGCCUUGCCUCUAUUGUUGCUGAGUUUGGAACUUUCCCUGUGGACUUGACCAAAACGCGACUUCAAGUUCAAGGCCAAAGUAUUGAUGUCCGCUUCAAAGAGAUAAAGUACCGAGGAAUGUUUCAUGCCUUGUUCCGAAUCUAUAAGGAAGAAGGUGUAUUGGCUCUGUAUUCAGGAAUCGCUCCUGCUUUACUAAGACAGGCAUCAUAUGGCACCAUUAAAAUUGGCAUUUACCAGAGCUUGAAGAGAUUAUUUGUAGAACGUUUAGAAGAUGAAACUCUUUUAAUUAACAUGAUAUGUGGGGUAGUGUCAGGAGUGAUAUCUUCCACUAUAGCCAAUCCCACCGAUGUGCUAAAGAUUCGAAUGCAGGCUCAAGGAAGCUUGUUCCAAGGCAGCAUGAUUGGCAGCUUCAUUGAUAUAUACCAACAAGAAGGUACCAGGGGUCUGUGGAGGGGUGUUGUCCCAACUGCUCAGCGGGCUGCCAUCGUUGUGGGAGUAGAGCUACCAGUCUAUGACAUUACGAAGAAGCACUUAAUAUUGUCAGGGGUGGUGGGAGACACAAUCUUAACUCACUUUGUUUCCAGCUUUACGUGCGGCUUGGCUGGGGCUCUGGCUUCCAAUCCAGUUGAUGUGGUUCGAACUCGCAUGAUGAACCAGAGGGCAAUUGUGGGACAUGUGGACCUCUACAAGGGCACUUUGGAUGGUAUUUUAAAGAUGUGGAAACAUGAGGGCUUUUUUGCGCUCUAUAAAGGAUUUUGGCCAAACUGGCUUCGACUUGGGCCCUGGAACAUCAUUUUUUUUAUUACAUACGAGCAGCUCAAGAGGCUUCAAAUCUAAGGACUGAAUUAUAUGUGAGUCAAGCCCUGCCAACCUUUCUACUCUUCUUUUCCCUUUUUCUGUGUUCUAAUGUAUUUUGACAAAGUUGUAAGUGUUUACUGAACCACUGGUCUCCCAAGGCCCUCCUGAUGGAAGAACGAUAGGAUGGUUCAAAAUUGCUCAUGUGUUUGCGUUGCCAUGUGAACUUUUCCCUGAGAGGGAGUAUUAACAUUGAGACUCUGGCCCCAGAUUGGUAUCUUCUGUGAAGAUGGAUACUGAUAGAUGACACUCAAAAUGACCUUCUCUUCAAAUAUGGGUUAAAUGUAGUUUGUUAGCCCCAGACUUGGGCUAGAGCAGAAGGCAUAGGCCAGGGCAGUUACUGCUAUUUAUGUUACAGACCUCGGUUCUCAUUAAAGUAUUUAUUGGCAGAA